AGAUCUGACCACUGUUAUAUAUAGUUAUAUAUAUAUAAUGAACAAGAGAUAAGCAUGUUUUAAAGAUAGCAGUCAUCUAGCAGAGAUGUUACUGACCAGUCUGUUUGUGGUUGUGUCCGUAGGACUGGUUGCUGGAGGAAGAUAUAAUGUUGGAACUGGUAGAGCAGAUUGUACUGGUCCAGCUGCUGAGAUCGGUAUGAUGGGAUAUGCUAAACAAGGACAAAGUACUCAUGGCAUUCAUAUUAGGCUUUAUGCUAGAGCAUUCAUUAUAGAGGAUCCAGAGACAGGUGUGAGAGUUGUGUUCGUAUCAGUUGAUGCAGGAAUGAUGGGACAGAUGGUGAAGAAAUAUACAAUUAAGAAACUUGAAACCAUGUUUCCUGGAGUUUAUACAGAGAAAAAUAUUGUUCUUUCUACAACCCAUACUCAUUCAGGACCAGCAGGGUUCAUGCAGUACGUGUUGUUUAACGUACCCAACCUUGGUUUCCUGCAGGAGUCAAUGGAUGCUCUGGUUGAUGGUAUUACUGAGGCAAUUAGGAGAGCACAUGUAUCCGUAGUGCCGGGAUCUAUCUAUCUCAGCUCUGGUAUAGUAGAGGAGGCGAAUAUCAACAGGAGCCCCACCUCCUAUGAUGCCAACCCUGCUGAGGAGAGAGCUAAAUACUCCGGGAAUACGGAUAAAGAGAUGGUUCAACUAAACUUCUUUAAUGAUGCUGGUCAGGCUCUAGGAGUACUCAACUGGUUCGCGGUUCAUCCAACCUCGAUGAACAACACCAACCUUCUCAUCUCCGGGGACAACAAGGGUGCCGCCAGCCAGAUGUUUGAGAAGGAGAUGAAUCCUAAUUAUGUGACCGGUCAGGGGCCGUUCGUUGCUGCCUUUGCAUCAACCAAUCUUGGAGAUAUUUCUCCAAAUAUUAUGGGUCCCAGAUGUAUAGAUACAGGAGUAGAAUGUGAUCUAGAGCACUCUACAUGUGAUGGAAGAGUACAGAAGUGUAUUGCAUCAGGUCCAGGAAAAGAUAUGUUUGAAUCAACCCAGAUUAUUGCAGACAGACAAUAUCAAGUAUCCAAACAACUCUUCUUAAACACUGAAGGAUUUGAGGAACUGAUGGGAUCUGUGGAUUAUAUUCAUCAAUGGAUAGAUAUGAGUAAAUAUGAGGUUACCCUAGAGGACGGAUCUGUAAACACAACCUGUAAACCUGCUCUGGGGUAUAGUUUUGCUGCUGGUACUACAGAUGGACCUGGAGAAUUUGAUUUCACACAAGGCGUCAUUACUGGCAAUCCGUUCUGGGAUUUUAUCUCAGGACUACUAAAGGAUCCAUCCCCUGAGCAGGAAGCUUGUCAUGCACCUAAACCUAUUCUACUGGAUACUGGAGAGUUUACUCUACCCUCUGCAUGGCAUCCUACUGUAGUGGAUACCCAGAUACUCAAGAUUGGAAAGGUUCAUCUUUUGGCUGUUCCUGGUGAGCUAACAACUAUGGCUGGUAGACGGGUUAGAGAAACUGUGGCAGAUUCCCUUAAACCCCUUGGAGAUGAUAUAGUUCCAGUCAUAGCUGGACUUUCUAAUACAUACACUCAUUAUAUUACAACCUUCGAGGAAUAUCAAAAGCAGAGAUAUGAAGCAGCUUCUACUAUAUACGGACCUAACACACUGCUGGCGUAUCAGCAACAGUUCUCUAAACUAGCAGUAGCCUUAAAGGUUGGAGAGGAACUUCCUGCUGGAACACCACCUGAUGAUCUAUUGGGAGCACAGAUAUCCUUUGUACCUGGAGUAGUUUAUGAUCAACCUCCGGCAGGUUCAGAUUUCGGAGAUUGUGUUGUUGAACCUGGAGAUGCUAGACCAGGAGACAGGGUUACAGCAACCUUUAUCUCCGGACAUCUUAGGAACAAUCUGAUGCUGGAGAAAACCUUUCUCCGGGUAGAGUUGGAGGAGGGGCAGGGGGAAUAUAGGAUUGUAGCUGUGGAUUCAGAUUGGGAAACUAAACUACAAUGGCUCAGAACAAACUCUAUUUUGGGAUCGAGUGAGGUGACAAUUACCUGGGAUAUUCCCUUGGAUGCCGUUCCUGGUAAUUAUAGAAUAGUUCAUCUUGGUCAUUACAAGCAUAUUCUUAGAGGUAUAACUCCUUACCAGGGUUCUUCAAGGAUAUUUAGAGUUGGUUCAGAGAACAAACAAAACCAAGGUUUGACAAGCUGGGGUAGGUUUCAAAAGAAAAAGGUGGAAAGAGAAACUGACGACAUCGAUAUUUUUUCCCAGUUUUUCAUGUAAAUUUUCCAAUUACAAUAAACCUUUAUUAUGAAAAUUA